GGAUCCUUUUUCCACUCUCAGUCCCUAAGUCCCUCCCCACAGGGCCCGUUCUGAAUCGAAUCAGGAAGUGGCUUUGGGAGAGAAAGUGAUUGUCUCUGUAAGGUUGUGUUGGGGCGUGUGUGUGUGUGUGUGUGUGUGUGUGUGUGUGUGUGUGUGUGUGUGUUGGGGAAAAAGAGAGGUAUGAGUGUGUAUGUCUCCUUCCUCCAGCCCCUUCAGGGGCGGUGAGUGCAAAACCAAGCCUUUUGUGGGCUUAGGGAGUCACAGGAGCCCUGUCCCAGUCCCAGGACCAUGUCACCGAGAGACAGGAGUGGGGAGGAACUGCUGGAUCCUGGGCUCAGCUGCCCAAGGGGAGAGUAUGGUGAGGAAACAGAGAAGACAUAUCAGUCCAGAUUGAUCCAGCCUUGACCACUGGGCCUUUGCCAAUCCUGGGCUGGUCCACUGGGAACACUGGCCAGCAUGUGGGCGGGCCGUCUGCCGGGGUGGAGACCCAGGUCUCAACAUAAACAAGUUUUGGAGACAAACAACCUCCUGACCCUUUGAGGCUGGCAAAGACCACAAGAAAAUGUCCACUGUGACAAAAACUUGGACUGUCAGCAUCAGAAGAUAACCCCCAGACUGAAAACCUCCUCCCAGGACAGCUCCUGAGGACAUUGACUUCCACCUCAGGGUGCUAAUGGCGGCCGAGCCAUUGACUGAGCUGGAGACAGCCAUUGAGACAGUGGUCACCACUUUCUUCACCUUUGCAGGGCGUGAAGGCCGGAAGGGCAGCCUCAGCAUCAAUGAGUUUAAGGACUUGGCCACCCAACAACUACCUCACCUGCUUAAGGAUGUGGAUUCCCUAGAUGAGAAGAUGAAGAGCUUGGAUGUGAAUCAAGACUCGGAGCUCAAGUUCAAUGAGUAUUGGAGAUUGAUUGGGGAGCUGGCCAAGGAAAUCCGGAAGGAGAAGGCCUUGGAGAUGCGGAAGAAGUAAAGCUUGCUGGCUUGGAUGGGGGUGGGUAGGGCAGGGCUAAGUAGGGCCAGUCAGCACCCUGUCCCUGCAAAUAAAAUGUUCUCCUUGA